UAAAAUAUAUUAUUUACCCGAUAGUGAACCUAUAAUAAUAAUGUAUACAAUAAAUUUCAUUCCGAUAACAGAAAAAAAAAAAUAAUAUCACUAGUUUAAAAUUAUACUUCCACUCGCGUUAAUUAUUAUAAUACGACAAUUUACGCGUAAAUCGACGAUGGUGACUAAUUAAAUUGAUGUUAUUAUUCAGUCGUGUAUGUGUAUCGCGUCGUAUUACACACGCAUAUUAUUUUUUUUAUUAUUGUUAUUAUUCGACGCUCUUUUGAUUAAUCAAUUCCUGUUUCUCGGCAAAUAUUAAACAAUAAGCAACUCAGCGAUCCGAUUUCAGAUACAAAAGUUUUUCGGCUCGAUUUGUCGCCUACGAGCUUAUUAUUACGAGUAUUCAACACCGACAGGAUGGACGACGUUUGACACGAAAACGAUCACUCACACUAACAUCAAAACAUCAUUACUUCAGCUAAAAACGGCAGUAUUGAAACUAUUGCAGACGAAGACUCAAUGAGCGACGUGAAUAAUGAAGUCAAAGCUGUUGGUGACGAAAAUAUUGAGGAGCAGCAGACGUCACCAAAAGUUGCCGAAGCGGACAUUCCAAUGACAUUUGUAGAGACUGAGCCUGAUUCACUAGAACACCGUAAGAAAAAUAAUGAUAAUGAAGAAAAGGAAGGCGGCCCGUCGAAAGAGGACGAGAUGUUAACCACUCUACGUCUGGUAGGUGAGCCACUGGCCACACACGGGCCGUAUACAUUUUACAGUGAGUUAGCCUACCGUAAACGUGAUGAUAUAACAAAAAAGAAGAGACGGCGAUGGAAAAAGCCUAUGACAGGGGUGGACAAUGAAAGUGAUAACGCUGUCGAGUCUUACGAUUCAUCGUCAUCAUGUUGUUGUGCCAAUAAUGAUGCCGGUAACGAAUUGUGUUUCUGUGACGAUGGAUCGUCUUCUUCAUCGUCUCAUUCUGAAUGGUCUGUUGUGCGCAUGAAUCAUUUCUAUGCUGUCCGCCCAUGGUAUAGCAAGAGAAAUAGUAGUAGUAAUGACCGGCAGCAGCAGCGGCAGCGAAGACAUCAACGAAAAAACUCCCAAAAAUUAUCGAAAACAACUACUGCGGCAGCAGAGAGACGUCAACAUCACUAUCAGCAAUCUGUUUGUAUUGGUGAAUUGGAGUUAUUAUGGCGUGACGAUAGCGUGGUAACGUCAACAACAGCUCCAUCGUCUUCGUUGCAACUAAAGAAACGUAAUAGUAAUAGAAUUGUGCCAUCUGCAUUGUUAACAGAGGCAUCUAAUGGCGGCGGUGACAGAGCAGAUACCAUGAUAAAUAGUAGUGCUAUGGCCAGUUCAGAUGAUGACGACGGUGUUAGUGGUGGAUUCGACGAUGAUUCGGCAACAUCAUUACCACGUCGUCGAACUUUGCCAAGACGCACUCGCCAGCCGUCAGCUAAAAAACUUGAGGCUGCAGAAUCUUAUGCCGCAGUGGCAGCUGCAGCAUCGUCUGAUAACCACCUCCCGUCACCGUCACCGUACAACCGCAAUAGGUUAUCUACAGCUACACCGUCGGAUCCUACCUCUGUGAGUGUUCCACUUUUGUCGCCAGACACUCAGUAUAAUCAUGGAAACGUACUGUGCAGCGUUCGAUUAUACGUGAUGCCUGAUCAGACGGCCGCCGGUCGACUUGGUGGUGUACAUGGUGAAGACGAAGUGCUAGAGAUCAACACUUGGAAUGCCAGUAGCGGUGCAGAUAGAUGGCCGAGUAACAUUUUUAUUAAUGGCAGCAGUGGUGUAGGAUCUAUCUACAACGGUGGCGGUAGCGUUGACGAUUAUGGAUAUGGUAGUGGAAGUCAUUCGUCAGGAACACUGCCAUCCGGUUGUUCGGGAUUAGUAUUGCGGGCUGAAGAUUUUGUCGAAUGGGUUCGUGGUGGACUAAUGAACGAUGAUGACGAAAAUGAAGAUACAGAGUCUGAUGAUGAGUCAUCGGAAUCAGAAUGUAAUGAAAAUAGCUCUAAUGAUCAAAAAUCCAACAGGAUAGAAAUUUCGAAACCUAUUGAUGAACAACUAUCGGAAUUAUCAUCAUUAGUAACGGAUAUAAAGGGUGAUGUAAAACAAUGUCAGAAAGAUAAAUUAAAAACUUGGCCAGACGAUAAAAACAAUGAAGUGAAAUUAGAAUCGACUCUGACCAACGAUGUGGUAAUGAAAGAAGAAUUACUUUCUGUAAUUCCAGUCGAGGUGAAAAAGGAACAAGAAGAUCUAACAGCAGCUGUUGAUCUUGUAGUCGAUGGUAGUAAACCAAUAAAGCAAAACCUCGACAAUAGUAACAGUAGUUGUUACUCAAAAUAUACUGUUGACGAGGCUGUAGAAGCAGAACAUGUUCCCUUAGCUGCAGCUAGAAUUCACAAUAAGCACUGUGAACGUGUUACUUACCAUCAUCGGCACUGCCAUCGUCAGCGUCAUCGUUUAAAUCAUUGGUCAUUGGUUAAUGGUGAUAGCACAAGUACUGUUGCUAAGAAAAAUGAUGAUCAUCAUGAUAAUGUAUCAGCGGUGAUUAAUAAAGUUGAAAAGAAGCAGGACAAUGAUCAAAAAUGCUGCUGCUAUUGUUGUAAACGUCGUCAAAGUUACCAACGUAAUGAUAAAAGAAUGAAAAGCAAUGUUAGUGGUGGUAAUAGUAUAAAACAACGAUUAGUGGUUAUGAGCUACUCUAGAUACUGCCGAUAUAGAGCACAAUUACAACGUAAGCGUGAAGAGCAAAUGAACAAGGGAAAUACUGCUGUUGUCAUAGAUAAUGAUAAAGAAAAGUUGAUAACACCCACAUACCGUGGAAUAGAUUCUAUGACUCGAGUUUUAUUUUGUCGAGACACAUAUGAUUAUCCGGCUGAACUUCUGUUGGAACCUUUUAAUGCACAACAAAACCAUCAGCAAAACACUGCAGUGUUGGUCAACCAUAUGGCGCCUAAACUCAAAGGGUGGCCUUCUCAUCCAGCAUCCUGGAUGUCAUUCCGGUGGAACCGAGUGCGCCGUCGGUUACGUCACCUAGAACGUGGUGGUGACAGCAACGACGACCGACGUAGACGUCAUCGACGCCGAAAGCUUAAGAAGAAAUGCAGUCGACAACAAAAUGGAGCCAGUGGAGCGACAGUGGGAAUGAAUUAUUCGUCAUCAACCGAUGAUAACGAUUCAGACGAUUCCGAUUCCGAUGAUGCGUCUUCUGCGACAAACGAUGCUGCCACAAACACCACUACUGAAGCUUCGACCUCAGAUUCAGAUAGCGCACCACCACCAUCUACAGUAGUAUCUAAAACUGCCAACAAGAAUAAUUCCACCACAAAAGUUAACAUUCAUCAUAGCAACAAAAAAACUAUCUCAACAUCAUCUCCCGGUAAUAUGAUCGUAAUUAACGGUGCUACUACUGUAUCUGCAGCUGUGAUUAACAAGCGUCCAGCGACAGCUGUCGGGCAACCUGGUCAGCAACAACCGACUAAACGUCGCCGCGUUGUAUAUACCACAGAACAACUUCAGAAUCAACAACCGCGAGUAAUUUACCAGCAACAGCAAUCACAUCCAAGACCUAAACAGCCGCAGCAACAACAGCAGUCUAGUCACCGAUCUAAACAAUUGGAACAAUUAAAUCAGCUUAGCCAAUCACAGCGUCAACAGCACAUCCUCGCUGCUCAACAGCAACAACAAAAACUACAACCGUUAAACAGGCGACUGCCACCACCUAUUUCAUCAUUACAAUCUUCAACAACUAGAAUAAUACAUCAUCACUUACCACCUUCGGUAUCUAUUAUGCCAGUCAUAGUCCCAUCUAGUAAUAGUUCUCCUCACCAACAGCUACAGAAAUUCAACAAUCGACUACAAAAUCGGCAAAAAAUCCAUGCGUCGGCUACAGUUUUACCGGUCACUUCUCAGCGAAGAAAUAAUAACAUUGAACGACAACAAACACCACUUCCACCUGUCAUAAUAGAAUACGACGAUGACGAUGACAACCGAGAGUAUGGAUCUGAUGAUAAUGGUCGAUACAAAAAAUCUACAGUAGCAGCAGCUAUGGUAGCUUGCCAAAGACGUGUUUCACACCAACAUUUUAAUGAUGAGCAAAGACAACAGCGAGAAGACGAAGAGAGACAGCGUAGAUGGCUGGUAGAUGCUUUGCGAUUGGGUGGAUUGGAAGUGACAGCAGUACCUUUAAAUGCAACUACUAACAGUGGAAAUAGUGUUGGAAAAGAAGCUAGUGCUGCAGUAACUUCACAACAGCUUCGACGGCGUGGUGUUUCAUUUGAAUCAUUGUUGUCCACCAAUAAUGAAGACUUCAAUGGUGGCGUUCGGAACGAACCAUGCCACGGUGGUACUGACGAUGAUUCAAAUUUAGAUUCAGACUCAGAUUCUGUAGUGAUGACCGUAACGCCUGAUGUUGUGUGCCUAUUAAACAAAUCUCAGCAACAUCAACAGCAAAUAUCUCAUCAAAGACAGACAUCGCCAGGAAGUGGUUCCACUUCAACAACCUCGGUAACAAUGAGUCAUCACCAUCAGCAACGACGGCGAUCAGUUAAUAUGAACCACAGUACUAUUGGUGGCCAACAGCAUACCGCAGCAGCAGCAGCAGCAGCGUUGCAUGACAAAAUAAAUCGAGCAAUUGAUUCACUGAAACUACAACAGCAGCAACAAAAGCCUAACGAAGACAAACCAGUCACUAAUAACGUAUUAUUGACCGGUAAUACUAAAAAUAGAAAUCCUAUUGGUGAUAAUAAUAGGCAACAGCAAAGACAGCGUAAAAAUGGUGGUGUAGUCCGGCAACAACAGACAGCGGCCCUGUUGGACCUUACUGUUAAGCCGUCCACAGCAUCAAACACCACUAGGCAACAAAGAUCAACAUCAACAAUCAUGAACAGCAACCUACAAAAUCAGCAAAACCGAAAAGGUUUAAUACCAUUCCAUUCUACUACCACUACAGGACCGUCAACUCCUGCGACUAACUUGGAAAUUACAAUUGUACCUGUUACAACUUCUGUCCCUACUAAUUCAUCGAGACUUCUCUCACAACAGCAACAUAAACGUAGUUCGUCAGCAGCAACUCAUAAUAGUUCAACCAGCAGUAGUUCUGCUACUAGUUCUUCUGGUCCGAUGACGGUUAGACAACAGCUACAACGCCGGAAUGCAGCAGCAGUUUCAACAGCUUCUGCAUCGGCAUCAAUCGUAGACAUGUUAUGUGGAGGCAGAAGUCGAAACCAUCAACAGCGUAAUGGUAGUAGUAUGUCUGUAACAGCAACAUCUACUGUUACUACUACUACUUCUUCUACAACAUCUUCUUUGCAUCAAAAUCAGCAGCAGCAAAUGCUCAUAAUGGCUGCUACUGCAAUGGCUGCUCAUCAACAACAAAAAACUGAUAAACGAAAAUCACAACCAAAUAAAAAAGAUUAAGGUGAUCAUCUACUAAAUGUUCACAGUGUAAAACAAUAGUUUAGAAGAUGAAGACAAUGCAAUUUUGUAUUGUGUAUGAAGUAUAAUUUAUUUAUGCAUAUAUAUUAUAAUCAUAAUAUAUUAUUAUGUCCUAUAAUUUUAAAAAUAACAUGCAUGUUAGAGUUAAGUAUAAUGUAUCUGGUUUAUUUUCUAUAAAAAUCAUA